UGUCUCUCUCUCACACAAACCUACACAGAAUCAACAACGAUACCUUCAAAGUGUUGUUACAUAUAUAGUGAGAGAGAGAGUUUGAUAGGUUGAGAAAGAUGGUGAGAACCCCUUACUGUGACAAUAAUGGCCUGAGAAAAGGAACAUGGACACCAGAAGAAGAUUGGAAGUUGAUUUCUUAUGUCACUACACAUGGCCACAAGAAUUGGCGCCAAUUGCCUAAGUUUGCUGGUCUUUCUAGGUGUGGAAAGAGCUGCAGAUUGAGGUGGAUGAAUUACUUAAGGCCAGGCAUCAAAAGAGGGAACUACACUUAUGAAGAAGAAGAGAUAAUUAUCAAACUGCACCAAAUUCAUGGAAAUAGGUGGUCAGUGAUUGUCUCCCACUUACCUGGAAGAUCAGAUAACGAGAUAAAAAAUCACUGGCAUGCACAUCUUAAGAAGCGCUUUCAACACAAUUCAGAAACAAAUGAAAAAAUUGAAGCUUCCACCUCAAAACAGCACUCCCUUGUAGAAUCAAUUCAAGAGGAAUCUGGGGAAGUUGUUGCAAGCAGUUUCCAGAACAGUUGCCUAGCUACUUCCCAAACUCCUGACAGUGAUUCUCCAUCGCCCCAGCACACAUCAUUGAGAGAUGCUUUGUGCAUGAUAUCUGAACUUGAACCUGAAGCAGCCAGUAACGGGAAUUUGGCUACUGAUAACUUUGCUGACUUUAUGGAGCAAAACACAGAUCCUAUCAGUGCAUAUUCUUGGGAAGAACUUUAUGAAAUUUCAUAUUUAUGUGAAUUUCUCGCUCCUUCGUACUGAACCUGAAAGUUUUUGUCCAGUUUAUGAUGUCUGGGGGCUGUUCGAAUAGUAACAGGAAUAUGAUAUAUAACGGUUUGUUUUUUCUUCUUUCUUACUGUUUUUUUGGGGCAAACCAUACCAGUUUAUUCUGAUGAAAGGGGUGUUACAUUGUGGGCAGAAUGAGUAAUUCUAUUCCUAAA